AUGCGAGCGGCAAGCCUUGCGCGUGGCGCCCUUCGGACCGUCGCCAGGCCUUCGCGGACGCUUCCAGCCUCGUGGCCCUGUCGGCGGUUCAGCAUCAAGGCCGAGGCCGCGUCGUCGUCGGAGCAGCACAUCCUCGACGCUUCGAGGCUCUCCGUCACCAAGACCAGCCAGCCCAAGAAAUUGAGCAAUCCGGAGGACCUUGUAUUCGGACAAGAGUUUACCGACCACAUGCUUGCCAUCGAGUGGAACAAGGACGACGGCUGGCUGGAACCGCGCAUCACGCCGUACCAGAACCUGUCUCUCGACCCUGCAACCUGCGUCUUCCACUAUGCCUUUGAGUGCUUCGAGGGAAUGAAGGCCUACAAGGACAAGAACGGCAAGGUGCGCCUGUUCCGACCGGACAAGAACAUGGCCCGUCUCAACAAGUCUGCCGCCCGCAUCGCGCUGCCGACCUUUGAGCCUAGCAGCUUCAUCGACCUCAUCAGCAAGCUCACGAAGCUGGACGCACGUUUCAUCCCCGAUCAGCGCGGCUACUCCCUCUAUCUUCGACCGACCAUGAUUGGUACGCAAAAGACGCUGGGUGUCGGCCCGCCGGGGUCAGCCCUGCUCUAUGUCAUCGCCUCGCCCGUUGGCCCCUACUACCCCACGGGCUUCAAGGCCGUCUCGCUCGAGGCCACGGACUACGCCGUUCGCGCCUGGCCCGGCGGCGUCGGUGACAAGAAGCUCGGUGCCAACUAUGCCCCCUGCAUUGUGCCUCAGCUGCAGGCCGCCAGCCGAGGAUACCAGCAGAACCUGUGGCUCUUUGGCGACGAGGAGUACGUCACCGAGGUUGGCACCAUGAACAUGUUUGUCGCCAUGAGGAACAGGGAGACGGGCCAGAAAGAGCUCCUCACCGCCCCUCUCGACGGCACCAUCCUCGAGGGCGUCACCCGAGACUCCGUCCUGGAGCUUGCCCGCCAGCGGCUCGUCCCCGAAGGCUGGAAGGUGGCCGAGCGCAAGUUCACCAUGCGGGAGAUUUACGAGGCCUCGCAGGAGGGCCGACUUCUGGAGGCCUUUGGCUCCGGCACGGCGGCCAUCGUCAGCCCGAUCCGGACGAUUGCGUGGAAGGGCAAGCAGGUUGACUGCGGCCUCAAGGAGCACGAGGAAUCGGGCGAGAUUGCGCUCAAGGUCAAGGAGUGGAUGGAGGCGAUCCAGUAUGGCGAUGAGGAGCACGAGUGGAGCUACCGGAUUGAGUAG